AUGUUGUCUCUCCACGGGAAAGUCGCCCUCAUCACUGGCCUCGGUCAAACUCAAUCCGAAGGCUGGGGAAUUGGAGCUGCCAUCGCUGUUCUCUUAGCGCGACAAGGUGCGAAGAUCUUCGGCGGCAAUCGCACGCUCGCGUCAACUCUUUCCACCAAAGAGGCUAUUGAGACCGAGGGUGGAACUUGCCAUGUCGUGGAAACAGAAGUGACAUCAGCUACAUCAACAAAAGCUCUGGUGGAAGCCUGUAUGGCUAAACACGGACGGAUUGACAUUCUCAUAAACAACGUCGGGAGGUCAGAGCCAGGUUGUCCCGCUACAAUGCCGGAGGAAGUUUGGGAUUCCCAGGUGGACCUCAAUCUCAAGAGCGUGUUUUUGAUGUGUCAACACGUGCUACCGAUAAUGAAGCAGCAAGGCAGUGGUGCAGUGGUGAGCGUUGCCAGCAUUGCCGGCUUGAGAUACAUUGGAAAGUCUCAGGUUGGAUACUCCGCGACGAAGGCUGCCAUCAUUCAGUUGAUGAAAACAACGGCUGUCAUCUAUGCACCCAAGGGAGUACGUUUGAACACGGUUGUUCCUGGGCUCAUGGAUACCCCCUACACAAAAUGUAUGGUAUCCAGAUAUGCGGAUGGUCAGGCGGAAAGAUACAUGGAGAUGCGUCACGCGCAAGUUCCGAUGGGGAAAAUGGGCGACGCGUGGGAUGUUGCCAAUGCUACGCUUUUCCUAGUUAGUGACGAGGCGCAGUAUAUCACUGGCCAGGAACUCAUUGUGGAUGGUGGCAUAACAUCUUCGACGGGGAGGAUAUGA